CUCGCAAUGUCUACGUUCUCGCUAGAGGCUCUCGACAGGCAUAUCGAGAACCUUCGCUCACAGUUGCAAUUUCUCAAUGAGACACUCGAUGCCACUGACCACAACGCACCCGACUGGCUCGCCACAAAUCUCGUGUCGCUGCGCAACAAGUCGGGCAGACUUCAAGAUGACAUGCAGAGGUUCAGAGACCAGAUAGAGAGCGAAGGACUUGGUGUGAAGAAGACUUCGACCAAGAAACAGAGGCUCAGCGUAGAGGGCAUGAAGCCAGAAAGCCCCACGCAUAGCUUAAGUCGAUCUGCCUCCCAGAAUCGGCCGACUUCUCCCACAAACCUCGGUGCUCACCCGCCACCCGAACCCCCGCAGCCCGAGGAUGGCUACGUUGCCCGGCAGGUAGACGUCACGGAGGAAGUCAAUCGGAGACUGCAUGAGAGCCGCUUGCGCAGACUCAUGGAUUCGCCAAGUACGGCUCAGAAGCGGAAGUACGAUGUGUUCGAGGAUACUAGGAUGGAGAGCGGUGGAGACACUGAAGAUGAUGGAGAGGGCCACUCUGAGAGAGAACGCAGUCCAGUGAAGAGGCUAAAGGCGAGCAGGGUGUUUGAGCCAGUGUUGAAAAGGAAGGAGGACCGGUUAGCCAGGGGUGAUACGCAUGAGAGAAAUGGGGACAGAGCAGAUGUCAAGAGGAGAAAGGUCUGGCCCUAUCCUGCAUAACGGGCUUUUCCUUCCAUUGUACGAUAGACGUCCGGUUGGCUGUGUAAGAUGCGAGACGUGCAGAAUUUGGGUUCGACAUGCCGCCGCUUGGCAAUGCUAUAAAAGAAACUGAAGCCUUUCAUGCUGCCGGGAGGAUAAUCCCCAAUUCUGGACAGAUUCGGCGUAAGUCAGCAUCAACGAGUAUUUAUUCCAAC